CCAUAAUAUCUAAAGAAGAAAAUGCUAUACAUUAUCAACAAUGGAAACGCCUAAUAAGACUGUCAAGGAAAAGACUUGAAGUUGAAAAGAAGCACGAGCAUGGCUUGCAAUUCACUUUCACUAUUCUCACCCAAUUAUUUCAUUCCCAUAUCCACUAAACCACCUGCUAAACAUUUGUUUUCUUCCCACACUUAUCUUCCAUGCAAUUUUAGUCAGUACUACAAUAGCAAGAGAGAAUUUCCACUACCAUCAGUGGCUUCAAUCCCAUACCAACCCAUCAAUGUGGACUACUUGGAGGAAGAAUUCAGUGGACAUGGUGUCACCUUUGAAGGUAUUGGUGAUAACUGUGUUGCCAAGAUGGGACUCGAAAACGGAAGCACAGUCAACUUGAUGCUACCAAGUGGCUUAAUUUCAUCAUACAAAGCUCCCAUGUGGCAUGGAGGCAAGGUGGAGUUGCUGCACACAUCAGUCUCUGAGGAUGAGAAUGGUGGUGCUGUCAUUCAAGGAGGGGUGUCUUUAGCCUUAAAUUGUUCCAGUGAUGGUGAUGACGAAGUUUCUUGGUCUCCAUGUAAUUGGGCUCUUCGUAAUAUAAGAGGCGAUGCUCAAGAAUCCAUUCAGGUAGAACUGAUAGAUAGGGACUCGGAGAACAAAAUUGAAGUAAAAUACAUUGUGACUCUCAAAAAAGAUAUGUUAAGCUCAGAGCUUGUUGUCUCAAACUCCAACUCUUCUUCAUUGCUCCAACUGACGGGGUCCAUUGUAAGCCAUUUGGUAGUGAGCACGCCAGAUGCAACUUAUGCACUCGGAUUAGAAGGAUCGGACUUCUUCAACAGGUCACCAUUAUUAACAAACUUUGCUUUAGUUCCUCCGGAUUUCGGCCAGAAAAAUGAAUUUGGCUUAGGCCAAUUUUUGGGUCAAAUGACACUGAAAGGCCUUUCGUCUGGUUGGGGUGCAAGAAAUCAAAACACUGCUGAUGAUGCAGAAAGCAGCCCAAGAGAAAGUGAAGAAGAAAUGGAGGGUGAAGAAGAUGACAACUACAAGCAUUUAAAAGAACAAAUGAGUCGGAUAUACACCAGUGCGCCUCGGUAUUUCACAAUAAUUGACAGGGGUAAAAGAAACUCAGUGGGAGUAGGGAGGGAAGGAUUUGAUGAACUAUACAUGUUCAGUCCUGGCUCAAGACAUGAAUACUACAGCACAUAUUCUUAUGUAUGUGUCGGCCAGUCAGCCUUGCUCAAACCUAUCAUCCUAGGUCCUGAAGAAGAAUGGAGAGGUCUGCAGCAUUUACAUAACCCAAAUCUCUAAUUAUAUAACAGCAUGCCAUUGCUUUUAUCUUAUUUGCAGGCAAUAUCAAGAGUGUCUGUACAAGUCGCUGCAAAUCAAGUUGAUGUAAGAUGCUCCAAUUGUGUGUACUAUUUGGUUGACUGGAAAAAAAAUGCAAGAUCUUGAAAAAGAAAAUUAAGAAUAUUUUGUAGGUUACUAUUUGGGAGUGGAAAUAAAAAGAUUCUGGUAGCCAUCAACCAAGCAAAA